AUGGCGGCGGCGCUCGGGCUGCUGACGCUGUGGGCCCCGCUGGCGCAGGGCAUCGGCUUCAAGCCGGAGCUCAAGCAGGAGCUCCAAACCGAGCUGGGACCUCAGGCCGCCGGCACAGGCGCUCGUGAGGGCACGAGUACCAUGUCGGCCCAGGCCUUGCGGUACUUUCACGGGAUCGAGAACGCAUCGUCCAAGAGGCCCCUGCUCCUCAUGACCCUGAAGUCGCACGAGGUCGUCUCGCUCGGCGGGGACUUUAUGCCGUCGGAGGAGUUCCAGAGCUCCGGCGAGGAGCAGAGGCAGAAGCAGGGCCAGGGUGGCGCGCUGCCCUGGGGCAUCGGCUCGCCCCAGACCGGCCAGAGCUAUCCGGUCUUCCAGUACUCGGGCAUGCCGACGCUGGACUUCCCCAAGUCGGGCAUCGAGUACAGCCUGGAAGCCGGAGGCAACCUGCAGUCCUUCAGCAGCGCCCGGCAGGACGUCAAGAUCCUCACGCAGGUUCUUGAGAACAUCACCAACGGCUUCUACCUGGACACCAACGGCGGGGAUGGCGAGCAGCCCAGCAACACGCUGCUGCUCGAGCUCACUGGCUGGCGCGGCCUCAUCACAGAGCCCAUGCUGUACCCGUAUGCUAAUUUGUGGGGCAAGAUGAGGAAGGCGUGGAUCUUUCUCGGGUGCAUGUCUCCACACGAGAACGCCACGAAGAUCGGCUUCGACUAUGACGGCAACAUCGACGAGAACAGCGGCCACAGGAUCCACGCCUAUCCGAUCAACAGCUUCCUGGCCGAAAUGGGGGGCCUGUCGACGGUCGAUUUCUGGAACCUGAAGACCGGCCACUACGAGGCGGAGGUCCUCAACGAGACCCUGCUCCACUCGGGAAGCAACAUCGAGUUCGGUGUCGUCCUCGUCAGCUAUGACGGCCGUGGUUCCGGUCUCGGCGACUCGUCGUGGGUUCAGCCCAGGACCAAGGCCGACACCACGGACGAGAUUUGGGGGAUUUUCCAGAGUGCGGGCUUCAAUUACAUUGGCGGAUUGGACGCGUACUUGAACGACGACCCCACGCCGAGCUACGAGUAUCGCGACCAUGUGUUCGUCAACCCUGCUUACUUCACGGCGCGCAACAUCCCCGUUCCCGGAACUGUCAAGGCGGCGCCCCCGCCCCGGCUUUCGGUGAUCUCCAGCAAGGCCAGGAGUUGGCAGUCUUUCUGGGACACGUGGGACGAGGGCCUCACUCACGACCAGGAGGUCGAGGUGGUCACCAACUACAUCUCCAGGGCGCGGGCGGCGGCCGCCCCGACGGAGGCGGCGGCCAAGGCGCACCGCAUUGACCCGACUCACCGCGGCAUCCAGGACGGGGAGACCUUGUACAACCCGAUCCCGAGCUACAACCCCACGCGCCCGCCACCGGUCUAG